UCUAGAGCUAGACAGUUUUCUCCCUGCUGAUGUUUACUGUGUUAGUUUUGUUGUAGGCUCUAUUCUUUGGCUAGUAAAAUAAGACUACGUCAAAGGGAUCGCCAUCAGUUGACAGGCGACUUGAAAGUCCCCAGUAAGCAGGGAAGAAGUGGCCAAGGUGAGGCUCAGGUGCUCCCAGGCAAGGAGGAUGCCCAGGUUGGCAACCUUUCCCUCCUCCCUGCUUGUGGCCACCAAGGCAGAGUCUCUCUCCUCUUGGGCAUCGGGGCUGGCACUGCCAGGGAGUGAGUCACGCCAGCCUCCCCAAUUUAUUACGGCAAAGAGGAGGAGGAGGAAGAGGAGGAGGAACUUAAAGCAAACUCCUGCCUUCGCUGGGAGGGAUGGCGAAAAAACACGCGCGUGGGUUGCGGACGCGCGUGUGAUGGUCGCGGAUCCUUCCGAGGCUGUGGGGCUUUGGGAAGAGACGGGGAGGCAUCAGCCACGAUCUGGCCCUUGGGGGGAAACAGCCAGGAAAAGGCGAAAGAGGAGAAGCUGAGGAGGAAUCCUGAUGCGCCUCCACUGCGCACUCCCAAGCUCUCCGGUAGUAGAUUAAGCAUUUUGGGAUGACUGUUUGAAGAAGAGACAUAGGUAUCUUUCUCACUCCAGCAAUGUCCCUCUGUGCCUCGUCUCACAAGGAAUGUUCUCACUUGCUACCGUCGCUUCAAGGUCACGGAUGUAGCAAAACGGAAGUAAAGAGCUCCUUGUCCGAGCUUGGCUCUCCUGCCAUCCCUUUCAGCUGCAGCCCUUCUGCCCUCACCGUCGAGCACAGUCCGAUUUACAUCCCUUCCUCUUACAUGGAGAACAGGCAUGACUAUUCCGCCAUGGCCUUCUACACCCCGGCUGCCAUGAUGAACUACAACAUCCCUGGCAACUUCAGCGAUUCAGAGAGCACGGCCCUGAGGCAGACAGCAAGCCCAAGCAUGUUGUGGUCAGGCCCUGGCCACAUCUCUCCUUUGACCUUACAUUGCCAGUCCUCAGUUUUAUAUGCUGAGCAACCCAAAAGCCCAUGGUGUGAGGCAAGACCCAUGGAUCAUGUCUUGCCUAUGCACAGAGAAGUGCUGAAGCGGAAGGCCAGUGGCAGCGAUUGUACCAGUCCCACCACAAACAGCCCCAGUUCGAAAAGGGAUGCCCACUUCUGUGCUGUGUGUAGUGACUACGCUUCAGGAUAUCACUAUGGGGUCUGGUCAUGCGAAGGCUGCAAAGCAUUCUUCAAAAGGAGCAUUCAAGGACACAACGAUUAUAUCUGUCCAGCAACAAACCAGUGUACAAUAGAUAAAAACCGGCGUAAAAGUUGCCAGGCCUGCCGACUCCGGAAAUGUUAUGAAGUUGGAAUGAUGAAAUGUGGUUCCAGAAGAGAGCGCUGCGGGUAUCGGAUUAUUCGCCGUCAUCGGAACUCAGAAGAUUCUUUGCAUUGUGUCAGCAAAGUGAAGAAGACCAACGAGACCAUCAUCCAAAUGAAAGAGGUCCUCGUCAACACCUUGACCCCAGAGCAGUUUGUGUCCAUAUUACUUGAAGCUGAACCUCCCAACGUGUUGGUGAGCCGCCCCAACAAGCCAUUCACAGAAGCCUCCAUGAUGAUGUCCUUGACAAAGCUUGCUGACAAAGAACUCGUCCACAUGAUUGGCUGGGCCAAAAAGAUUCCCGGUUUCAUAGAGCUUAGCCUGUAUGAUCAAGUGAGGCUUUUGGAAAGCUGCUGGUUGGAAGUGUUAAUGGUGGGUCUGAUGUGGAGAUCCAUUGACCAUCCUGGAAAACUCAUCUUUGCACCAGACCUAGUCCUAGACAGGGACGAGGGGAAAUGCGUGGAAGGAAUUUUGGAAAUCUUUGACAUGCUCUUGGCAACAACUUCAAGACUGCGAGAGCUGAAAUUGCAGCACAAAGAAUAUCUCUGUGUCAAGGCGAUGAUCCUUCUCAAUUCCAGCAUGUUUCCAUUGCCAUCCACAACGGAAGAACCUGAGAGCCACAGGAAGCUGAACCACUUGCUCAACUCUGUGACUGAUGCCUUGGUGUGGGUCAUUGCGAAGAGUGGGAUUCCCUUGCCACAACAGACAACUCGCCUGGCAAAUUUGCUCAUGCUGCUUUCACAUGUCAGGCACGCAAGUAACAAAGGGAUGGAGCACCUUCUUAGCAUGAAGUGUAAGAACGUGGUCCCCGUCUAUGACUUGUUGCUGGAAAUGCUCAAUGCUCAUACUGUCCGAAAUCACAGGAAAACACCCAUUUCCAAUCUGGAGAUUAGCCCGUCAGAACAAACAGAGACGACAGAUGGCAUGCAACUCUGAUUUCACAACAGAAACGUCAGAAGGGCACACAGUUGUGAUUUUACAAUGAAGUAGAACUCCAGAGAAGUGGAGAGAAAAUGAAUUUCAAGAUUUAAAAUGGAGGUAUUUGGUGAUUUGGGUUUUUUUUUUCAAAGAAGGAACCAGUACCUGGAAUUCUGUUUUGAAACUUCCGUGAUUUUUUAAUAGGACACAUUUGGAUCUUUUUAAUGCUGCUUUGCCUGUCAUCUUAGGUUGUCCUGCAACAGCCUUGUGGGGUUGAAAUGGCACAACCUGCCUCUGAUUUUAUCAAAAGUUGUACUUUUGGAGUGCCUUCGAAAGGAAGACUAUAUUGAAGCGUCACAUCAGCCUUAAGCUUUAUGAUACCCUCGUUGGGUGGCAGAGAAGUUUUCUUUUUUCUUUUCUAUUUAAAAGAAAGAAAUGUGUACAGCACAUAGGUCGAGGAUCCUACUGCAAAAAUCCAGCAGGUGCAGAAAAUAGAAGCAACUUCUGCUAACAAGUAACUGAAAGAUUUAAGAUGUUGCUUUCCAUCCAUGAGUCACUCAUAGCAAUCUGUACAAUAGAGCCAACUGGGUGACUACUGUUCCCAUUAGAAAAGUGUGCUGUUUCACUUGUUAACUGCAGUGACAUGUUUCCCUAUUGUGAAAUCCCGCCUUCAGUAAAUAUGAGAAUAUGGAGUAAAUGGUCCUAUUUAACUGAAAGCCCCUGGCCUUGGGAUAAUUUGUCGAUUGGUAUAUUUGACAAUAUGGACUGGGAGCUUUCCUUUAAAAAAAAAGACCUGGUUUGUAUCAGCUGCUGAGAGAUCAAUCAUUUGAGUGGGCAUUUUUGUUUCCUGCUAUAUAGCUUAUGUGGUGUAUUGCUGGUGCAAAUGAAUUAUUUACUGUGAAUAUUGAGAAUUUGUGAAUUAUGAUUUUAUGUUUUAAUUAUACAGGAUCGAGAUUAUUGUGAUGGUUUUAAUAAUGAAUAAGGAGAAACAGUUGUCUAUACAUGUAUUCCUCCCAAAGGGGAAAAAAAAUACAGCAUAGGAGGUAAACUCUCACUUAGUGGAGCCUUAAGGGAAUGUUAAGUGGUAGUUUCAUGCAUUUCCCGAUAUAUGCACACAUAUCUCUUCCACUAACAAGAAUUUCCCAAUUCACUUCAAUGGAUGAGGCAACUGCACGCACAAAAGCAGAAGUGGCACAGUGCAAGUCCUGACAGUGUUAGUGAAUGUGCAAGUGUGCCUUGUUCCUUUUUCACACAAGAGCACAUACAGCACUCUAGAGUUCGUGGAGUGAACAGGAGCAGGUAUGAGUGUGUUCUCUCUUUUUUGUGAAUACACUUUGGAUAAAGAAGAGAAAACCUAUAUUUAGGCCUUAUUGGGAGGCCAUGGGGAGAGGAGGGACCUUUUCUGAUUGUGCUUUGGUGCUAUGCGCCAAAAUUUUUCAUAAUGCACAAAAUGAUAUAAACUUUCCCCUGUUGCUUUGUUCUUUGGGCAAUUCUUUCACAAUUUGAGACUUUCUUUUGCAAAGCAAACAAAUAUAACAUUGUUUUCAUACCAAAAUGGUAGCUAGAAUCCCGUUAGUGACAUAUGCAAGCAUGCAUAUAUUUUUUGGGAUUAUUGCAGAAAUCGGUAUUCACAUCCUGCCUCAGCAAUGACCAAGGGUUCACCAUUUCAUGAUGAUGGCUCUCCUAUGGCCAUUCAGUGGUUUGUGGAAAGUGUAGGGAGCCAGAGUGGUGUCUGCACAUGAACUCAUGACCAAAGGCAAGGUAGAAGCAUAGAAUCAUAGAAUGGGAAAAGACCCCAAGAGCCACCCAGCCCAAACCCCUGCCAUGAAGGAACACACAAUAAAAAUUCCCCUGACAGAUGGUCAUCCGACCACUGCUUUAAAACCUCCAGAGAUGGAGAUUCCACCAGACUUCAAGGGAGCAUAUUCCACUGCCAAACAGCUCUUACCAUCAGGAAGUUUUUCCUGCAAUUAGAAUUCAUUGCUUUGUAUCCUAGUUUCCAGAGCAGCAGAAAACAAGUCUGCCCCCUUGUCAAUGUGACUUCCUUUCAAAUAUUUAAACAAGGCUAUAAUGUCCUCUCUCAUGAUUCUUUUCUCCAAGCUAAACAAACCCAGCUCCCUCAGCUGUUCCUAGUUUCCAGGCCUUUGAUCAUUUUGUUCGCCCUUCUCUGGACACGUUCCAGUUUGUCAAUAUCCUUCUUGAAUUGUAGUGCCCAGAACUGGACACAGUGUUAUUCCAGAUGAGGUCUGUUGAAAGCAGUAUAGAGUGGGACUAUGACUUCCCUUCAUGUUGACACUAUGCUCCAAUUGAUGCAGCCUAGAAUCACAUUGGUUUUUCUAGUUGCCAUAUCACGCAGUGACUCAUGUUCAGCUUGUGGUCUACUAAAACUCCUAGAUCCUUUUCACAUGGACUGUUUUCAAGCCAGGUAAUUAAAUCGAUCCCCAGGAUCUCUGGACGACCUGAGGAAAUCGUGAGAAAUUUUCUGAAUAGCACGUAUCUGGUUAUGGGGACCUAGCCAGAUGUUUUGCCAUCUCCCUGUUCUCCACCAGCUGUUGAAUCAUAAUAAUAAUCUUUAUUUAUACCCCACCAUCUCCCUGAAGGGACUCGGCAGCUCAUAGAAGCACUACAAGUACCAAACAUAAACAAUACAUAGAAUUAUAGACUAUAACUAUAGGCAGGAAUAAGAGGUUAAGCAGCUAAAUGGUGAGUCUUGAAGCAUGAUGGUGUUCUGCCUGAAAAACAUUAAUGCUAUGCUCAGCAGUGUAGGAUUUCAGAUAAUUUUUUGUGAAGAAAACAGCAUAUUUGGCACAAAAUGCUAUGUUUUCUGUGCAAAAAUCUUGGUUUGGCCACAGCAAACCCCACAAUAUUUCACAAAUGAGUUCUUCGCACACAAGAAGUCCCAGAUUACAAAAUAUUGGUGCAGUUGAUCAUUUUUUCACAGGUGUAACUUGAUGUGCCAAGACAUCAAUAUGGAAAAAAAUUCUGAGGAUUCUUUUACAUCCUUUGGCAGGGCUAAUUCCUCAGUGCCCAAAGUGUGGAAAUGGUACAAUGGUUGGGAUUUAUGUUAAUUUAUGGGGGAAAAAUGUGUAGAUUUCAUAUGUAAAGGCUUUUAACUGAGCAGUAAGCACCGUUUACAGUAAAGUUCCCUAAACUUC